AUGGCUCUCGUUAAAGCAGAUGCUGAUUACACGCUGAAGCCUGCGGCUUCCGCGCCAGCCAUUGAUACCAGCGAAUGGCCACUUCUCCUCAAGAACUGGAGCGACUUGCUUGUUCGCACCGCACAUUUCACUCCUAUCCCCCACGGUUGCGCGCCUCAUUCGCGUGAUCUCAAGUCUUACAUUAGCUCUGGCGUUAUCAACCUUGACAAGCCCUCAAACCCUUCCAGUCACGAAGUCGUUGCUUGGAUCAAGCGCAUGCUGAGAGUGGAGAAGACUGGUCACAGUGGAACUCUCGAUCCUAAGGUCACCGGCUGUCUCAUCGUCUGUAUCGACCGCGCGACCCGCCUCGUGAAGUCCCAGCAGGGUGCUGGAAAGGAGUACGUGUGUGUCAUCCGUCUCCACGACAAGCUUCCCGGAGGAGAGGCUCAAUUCGCCCGUGCUCUCGAGACCCUCACCGGCGCUCUCUUCCAGCGUCCCCCGCUCAUUUCCGCCGUCAAGCGUCAAUUGCGCAUCCGUACCAUCCACGAGAGCAACUUGUACGAGUUCGACAAUGAGAGGCAGCUUGGUGUUUUCUGGGUUAGCUGCGAGGCUGGAACCUACAUCCGUACUCUUUGCGUGCAUCUUGGUCUUCUUCUCGGUGUAGGCGCGCACAUGCAGGAGCUCCGUCGUGUCAGGAGUGGAGCCAUGGAUGAGUCCAAGGGAAUGGUCACUCUCCAUGACGUCCUCGAUGCCCAGUGGCUUCAGGACAACAACCGCGACGAGUCCUACCUCCGCCAGGUCAUCUCGCCCCUCGAGACUUUGCUCACGAGCUACAAGCGCGUCGUCGUGAAGGACAGCUCUGUCAACGCCAUCUGCUACGGUGCCAAACUCAUGAUUCCUGGUCUCCUCCGAUUCGAGAAAGAUAUUGAGGUUCACGAGGAGGUCGUCCUCAUGACCACCAAGGGAGAGGCCAUCGCUUUGGCUUACGCGCAAAUGUCUGCUGUCGAGAUGUCCUCAUGCGAUCACGGCGUUGUUGCCAGGAUCAAGCGUGUCAUCAUGGAGCGUGACUUGUACCCCAGGCGCUGGGGAAUGGGACCUGUCGCGACUGAGAAGAAGAAGAUGAAGGAGGCUGGAACCCUCGACAAAUUCGGCCGACCUAAUGAGAAGACUCCUGCCAAGUGGAACACCGAGUACAAGGACUUCAACGCCAACGAGCAACAAUCAGCACCUUUGGCCGAGACUACUUCCACUGCUGAGGUCCUUGCGGCCCCUGCAAUCGCCCCCGCUGGUGACGAGGAGGCAGAGGUUGCCGUCGAGACUCCUGGAAAGUCCAAGAAGCGAAAGUCCCGCGAGGAGGAUGAGGGCUCCGACGAUGAGGCCGAGCGCAAGAAGAAGAAGAAGGAGAAGAAGGAGAAGAAGAAGGCUGAGAAGGAGUCCAAGAAGGAGAAGAAGGAGAAGAAGCGCAAGGCCGACGACAGCGAUUCCGAUUAAGCGACCCACUCUGAGCAAUGCGUGACUGAACAGACCCUCGUAUAAUGCGUGUUGUUUGCUCCGUCACGGGAUACCAUACUCCAAAAGUACAAAAUGGUGCAUCUCGCACAUGGCAGUAUCUCUCUGGACCAUGCUCUGUAUUGUAGC